CUCUCUUCUCACCAUCAUGUCCUUUUCGCUCGACGAAGAAGUUCGGUUAUACACUAUCAAAGCGGAACGCGAGAAAUAUGAGACUCUGGCCACACUUUUCGGAAUCCUCACCUCCAUCCACUAUCUCGAAGCUGCAUACCUUAGAGAUGCCAUCACAGCCGCUGAAUACACUCCAGCCUGUACAAGAUUGCUUUCUCAAUAUAAUACCAUCAUGAAACAAAAGGUCAUAAAGGAUGAGGUCUCUAGUGUUGAAGAUUUCAUGAAGCGGUAUCGGAUGGACUCUUCAGCCGCACUAGAGCGUGUUAAAGUUGGUGUGCCCGCAACGGUUGAACAUCCAAGUGGCGAUUCAGGUCUUUCGGGUUCUGAGACUGCAAAAUGGGUUGCUGAGACCACAGAGAGCUUUAUAACGUUCAUGGACGCGCUUAAACUCAACCUGCGAGCGAAGGAUCAGUUACAUCCAUUACUGCAGAAUCUUGUAACAGGGUAUGCCAGGUUCAAGGGUAGCAAUGAUUCCGAGGCGAGGAGUCGGCUGGUUGGAUGGUUAAUAACAUUGAAUGGAAUGUCGGCGUCAGAAACGAUAACAGAAGAACAGUCGAGGCAGCUGUCUUUCGACGUCGAGCACGCAUACUCGGAAUUCUUCCGCAGUCUGGGUGGGAAAGGAACUUGAAUCAGCUGUUCUCAGCGGAGCAGACAAGGUGGCUUAUGAUGUCGGUGGUCGAAUCAUGCGAAUAUGCGAAUGAGAUACACGUUCUACGAUUUAAUCAGGCACCAUCACUAGUUCUACAGUAAUUAUACGGUAACGACGUCAGUCAACCCGCCCUGAGGGGCCUUGGAGUACUUCCUG